UUUAUUGAUACACGGCAUUUGUUGUGUAGUGAUGAUGACACUUUCAGAAAUUUUCUGAAGGGCUUUAGAUUUUUGACAAAACAACAUCGAAUGAAUCGGACCAAACGGAAACUGAAAACAACAACAACGCGAAUGUUUUGAAAAUUUAUCUUGUAUUAUAAUUAUAAUUUAUGUAGCUGUUCUCGUACGCAGUAGUUCAGGAUUUUGCUAAAUAGUAAUCGAAAAACGUAAAUUUUAAUAACAGCAAUUUGAUUCCUACCAACUUUUACAAGAAAUCAUCAUAUAUCAAUGAUGCCUGGAAGAUUGGGUCUUCCCAUUGCCCAAGAGAACCCUCUAUGGAUAUCGUGGCAUGAUUCCAACUGGAUACCGAUAUUGAAUCCGGCGAAUAUAAUGGAAUACUUUUCCGAAAAAUCGAAUCCUUUCUACGACCGUACGUGUAACAAUGAAAUUGUUCGGAUGCAACGCCAAAGCCUUGAAUUGUUAGGCAACAUGACGGGUGUGGAAUACAUAUUACUGCAUGUACAGGACCCUAUCUUGUACGUUAUUCGGAAGCAACACAGACAUAGUCCAACGGAAGCAACACCCCUUGCCGAUUACUACAUCAUUGCUGGAACUGUUUACCAGGCACCGGAUUUGGCGAGUGUUUUUAACUCUAGGAUUCUGUCUACCGUUCAUCAUUUGCAAAGCGCUUUCGAGGAAGCCAGUUCGUAUGCACGAUAUCAUCCCAGCAAAGGUUAUUCAUGGGAUUUUGCUUCCAAUAAAGCACUUGCGGAAAAAAACAAAACCGAGAAAAGUAAAGAGACGCCAGCCAAAGAGGAACCGAGCUCUCUGUUUCAAAGACAGCGCGUCGAUAUGCUCUUGGGUGAUUUGUUGAGAAAAUUCCCUCUUCCGGUUCCUCAAAUGCAUCAGACCCAGAAUGUACCCCAUCAGAAUCAAAACGGUACUGCUGGACCGAACAAUACAGAUGGACAAGACACGGUAAACCUUAAACAGGAACCUCCAGAACAUGCGUUGAAUGAUUCGAAUGACCCGGGCGCCAGUAUUCUACUGUCAGGCAUCAAGGAAGAAUCUCGAAGCGAUAUGAAACCGCCACCGGAGAAGAAAAUUAAGAUGUAAUAAAACAGUUUCAUAUUACACAAUACACUAUUUCACAUGCGAGACAUUAAACAACGCUACCUUAAAUCUUA